UUAAACCCCAAAUAAUCAACUCCCGCUAUGAUGCACGCUCUUUCUUCGUCUCUCUCCCGCUCAAGCUAGGGUUUUUGCGCUACCCUCUCUGAUCUGCAGCUAAGCUACCAUUCGCGUAAGUUAAGAUCAUACACAACGAUUGGACGUGACGAUGCCUCGGUAUUACUGUGACUAUUGUGACACUUACUUGACGCAUGAUUCUCCUUCUGUAAGGAAGCAGCACAAUGCAGGGUACAAACACAAGGCAAAUGUUCGAAUCUACUAUCAGCAAUAUGAAGCACAACAAAAUCAAUAUUUGAUCGACCAAAAGGUGAAGGAGCAUCUUGGACAAGCUGCUGCAUAUCAGCAAGUUGGUGCUGCUUACAAUCAACUGAGGCCUCGUCUUCCUAUUCCAAUGAUGCCAAUUCCUGGGAAUCCGCAGAUGCCAAUGAACCCAUCAUUAAUCCCUGGAAUGAGGCCACUUGCCCCUUUGCCCAGACCCAUGCCUGGAUAUCCUGGGAUGCCUCCAAUGUUCUCACCACCGGGCACAUCUUCCAUGCCCGGUCAGGUCAAUCCGUCCAUGCCUGGUCCCGGUCAGGUCAACAAUGGUAUGCCAAGGCCAAUAACAAUGAAUGCUCCAGGGAGCUCGGGAACCCCAACCCCAACCCCUGCUUCAGGUGCACCCCCAAUGUUUAACCCAAACAUGUAUCAACCCAACCUGAAUGCACCGCCAUCUGGAGGUUUUGAGACUUCAAAUGCCCCUGCGCAAUCUCAGGAAGCUGACCAUUGAUCUCUUUACAAUUUACAAAACACUGUUGUGUCUUUUUUUUUUUUUUUUUUUUGUAUGAAUCCUGUCUUCUCUAAUACCAGCUAUAUUCUUCAAUAUUUUAGAAUUCACCUUGUAUGAAAUGCCUCAUUGAAUUUACACUUCGUAUUUCUCAGUAUUUUGAAGGUGAAAA